CAGCCCUGUGUGCUACGUGCUUCGUUUUUACCGGUAUUACAUCGGCGGUUGUGUAGCGGAAAUCAAACUUAGCGUAAAAUAAUACAAAAAUUAAAAAAAUAAAUACAAAAACGCGUCGCAAAUUGUGCGUUUUAGAAAUUUGAUGAAAUCAAGUGAGUGUAAAAAAAUUUAAGUAAAAAGUCGAAAAAUGUUUGAGUGUCCAGACAACAGCUGUGAAGUAGAUGGUUAAUUUCACAAAUUCACACCUAACUGUGAUUGAGUGGGCGUGAGGCGUUAAUAGUUGUAAAUUUGUAUAAGCUUUUUGUGGCCGGCAAUUUUGGCUACAGUUCAGUGUGUGCUCUCAUGUGGUUUCUUUUGUGUUUUUAGUGUUAAAAUAAUCAUGAAAUUCAUGGAAGGUGUUGAAUAUACUCUUCAAAUAUGUACAUAUUUUGAUGUGAAUUCUCUAAAACUGAAUCAUUAAGUAAAUUUUUGUGUGCCUAAAUGAAGUUAUGCAAGUUUCUAGGUCAUUUAACAGAGUUCAAGAAAAUAUUUAUCAAAAUUUUACUACAAAGAAUUCUCGACAUUAAUUAAAGAAUAUUAAAUUCUAAUAGUAACAAUGUUAAUCAAAAGUGCUUAAAGAUAAUAAAUGUCAUGUAAUAAAAUUUGACCUCAAAUACGACGAUUAACUGGUUUUACUUCUAAUAAGGACUCAAACUGAGUGAUCUGCUUGCCAAGUAAUGUACAAAAAAAAAAAAAUAACUAAAGCCCAAAGAGGAGAAAAACUAACAAAAUUUUAAUGAAGUACUACAUACUAUAUGUUAAGUAAAGCUUUUCACCAGUAUUGGUCCCAGUAACGAAUAUUUAAACGAAACCAAAGAAGAAGCGCACUUAAAGUCUGAAGCAGUUGAAAAGGUUUCACAAAGGCAAAUGUAUUUCCAAGUGCAGUGAAGCUACAUAUCCACCAACGCAUGCAAGUUUACAGGAUAAAAUUUUGUGGCAACCGGAACGAUAAGGACCGCAGCGACAAACUCAGCUUAAUCUACUUGAUGACGUUACAGCAAAGGCGACGUUAGAACCGCUUACGUUGAAAAAAAUGUGAAAUAUGAUAAUGAUUGCGGUGGCGAAAGUAAAAGGAAUGUGAGAAUUAGCAAAACUUGUGAAAGAAUUAAAAGCUGUGCGGCAUCAAAAAAAUAAUAAUAAGUGCAUAAAAGCGGAAAAGUUAUAAAAUAUAGUGGUAGUUAUCAAGCAGUGGCAAAUACCAAGAGCAAUCGCGUAUGUAGAUAUAAAAGUGGAAAAUGCGAGAUUCAAGUAUGCAAUGUGAAAAAUUUGAGAACAAAAACAAGUUAAGAAAAAUAGAUAGCGUUGAGAAACGAUCAGCAAUAAGCAGUAAAUAUAAUUAUAAAUAUAAGCUAGAUAAUAAUACAAACAAACCAAAGAUCGUAAGAAACUUAAUGCAACGAAGUUACCUGUUAAAUAAUUCAAGUUCAAGUCAACUAAGGAAAACGUAUAUACUCAACUGAGAUAACAAAUUUAAUUGAAAGUUCAAAGAAAGAAACAAUAAUAAAUGUAACACCAAACUCACACACAAAUGCGCUGAAAAUACAGAAUAGAAACAGAAAACGCAACAGAACUGAAAUAGAAACAGAAACUGAAAUUAAAACAGUAAUUAAAAUUAAAACAAAAACUGAACUGAAUCAAAAAAAUAUAGUAACUGAAUUGUGACGUGAAUUUGAAAAAGUAAUUACAACAGAUAUGAAAACUGAAGCAGAAGUAGAUACAGAAAUCAAAAUCAAAACAAAAACAGAUUAUGAAUUGCCUGAAGAAGUUGAAAUGAAAAGAGUAGCAUAUUUAAAAACAAAAGUACACACUCAAAUAGAUACAGAAAUUAAAAUAAAAGCUGCAGACGAUAUUGAAGCGGAAAAUAAAGACAAAACAGGAAUAGGGGUAAAAAGAAAAAUCGAAAUAAAAGCAGAAAUGAAAACAAAGCAUUUAAUUGAAGUAGAUAAAGAAACAGCUGUGGAAGUAAGAACUCAAACAGUAUAUGUAACAAUGGCUGAGAUGAGGGCCGAGAAAGGACCAAAAACUGAAACCGAGUUGGAAGAGGCGACUGAAUUAUUUUUUGAUAAAGAAAAUAGAAAACGUACUAUGAAAAAAAUUGCAACAAAAAUAGAAGCAGGAACAAAACCAGAAUUAGAAAUGAAAACAGAAUUAGAAACAGACAUGCAAAACAACUCACAAUACAGGUCUCAAACUUCAAUGGCAGAACAACGAAUUGGAGUUUACAAACAAAAUCAAACACAAAUAAAUCAAAUUCAACAACAAAAAGAAAAACCACAAAUAAUGCUCACAAAAUAUCGAUCUCAAGGCGGUACACAAGCACAACUCACUACUCAACCUCGCACUGAAUGUUAUUAUAAAGAUCAGAGACCACCAACAACAACAAUUCGACAUCAAAUUGUACAUAACCGCCAGCACAUACCAGUGCCAACACGUGCUGCAUGCCACUCUGUAGUCCAACCGCAUUGCUCAUACCAAUAUUUGAACACAAAAUCCUUUCGUUCACAAUUUCGCAAUUGGCGUGAUUGGCUAUUUCGUGCCAAAUCAUGGCAAUCUGCUGGGCGCAGCUCCCCUCCACUAGUACUUUUAACCUACACACUGCUGUAUCUGCUAAGCGCAGCGCCCCAUGUACGUGCGGCUUGUCGCGAAGAGUCCGCUCGCGCUUGUGAGGCCAUUUGUACACCGGACGGCCGCAAUUGCACGUUACGCGCACUUUUAUUGCUACCCGAUGAUAACACCUACACCGCUUCGAUGCGUCGCACCAUGCCAGUGUUGCAUUUGGCCGAUCAAUAUAUACGCGAAAAUAGUUUAUUGUCACCGCAGUUGAAUUUCGAAUGGAUGACGGGCGAUGUGAAAUGUGAUGCAGCAUAUGCAUCCAUAAAGGCCAUGGAUGGCAUCGUAAAGAAUUGUGCACAUGUUGUCUUCGGUCCAGUGUGCGAUUAUGCAUUAGCCGCCGUCAGUCGCAUUGCCAAAUACUUCAAUAGCAACGGUACACCCGUCAUAUCGAUAGGUGGCGCCACCGAUAGUUUUGAAGACCAGAAGACUACAUGUGCUGAUGAAUUUUACAUGUUGGUACGUCCUGGCGUGCUCAGCUUCAAAAGUCUCUCCCUGAUGAUAAUUGAACUUAUGAAACGCUACAAUUGGUCCAACUCCAUUGCAUUCUACGAACGUGAUGGGCAAAGCAAUGUUGUUGGUGAGCAUAGCUGCUAUUUAAUGAUGAAAAGUUUCGGCGAUGAAAUGCGUAAUCUCAAUUUGACAUUCGCACAGUAUUCCAUAGUGCCGGAGCUGCGCAAUCGCACCGAGGAGCUAGUACGUGAAAUUGGCAAUAAACAUACAAUUGUCAUUAUGUGUGCAGACCCCGAAAAUAUACGUCGAAUUAUGCUGACCGCUGAGGAAUUGAAUAUGGUCGAUAGCGGCGAAUAUAUCUUUAUUAAUAUCGAAAUGUUCUCGCACGCCUCACACAACGCUUGGAAGCCUUGGUAUGAUAAGAAUGAUACAAAAGAAAAUAACGAACGCGCAAAAAAAGCAUAUACAGCUAUAUUGAAUUUAACACCAAAACAACCGGAUGAUGAGGCCUACACUAGGGUUUCUAACAAGAUCAAAACCAUCGCCACGAAGAAAUAUAAUUACACAUUCCAAGAAAAUGAGGAUGUUUCUUCCUUUGUUAUAUCCUUCUUCGAUGGUGUAUUGCUCUAUGCCAAAGCACUCAAUGACAGUAUACGUGAAGAUCCGACAGUGCUGACACGGCCUAUAAAUGGCACUGAUAUUGUACGACGUAUGUGGGGUCGUAGUUUCAAAGGUAUUACCGGUAAUGUUACUAUCGAUAACAACGGCGAUCGCAUAUCAGCAUAUUCUUUACUGGAUAUGAAUCCAGAAACGGGUAGUUUCGAAAUUGUUGCUGAUUUCAUGCAUAAUCGUUUGGACUUUGUGCCGGGCAAGGAGAUACACUGGGCCGGUGGUCGAAAAGAACCGCCACUUAGUAUGCCGAUUUGCGGUUACGAUGGUUCACUGUGUCCAGAUAAUUCACUACCCGGUUAUGCAAUACUAUCGAUCAUACUUGGCGUCGUAGUCGUGCUAAUGACCGUCGGCUUCUUUUUCGGCUAUCGACAUUACAAAUCAGAGGCGGAAAUCAAUUCCAUGACAUGGAAGGUUUCACUGAGUGAUUUAGUGUGUCCGGAUUUGGGUGGACGCGGUAUACGCGGCUCCUUCCACUCACUUGUGCGGCAUAACUCGCAGUUGACACUCAUGUCCGAUGAUUUGCGUUCUUUGUGCGGUGAUCGUCAAAUUUUCAUACCAGUUGGGAUGUAUCGUGGUUGUGAAGUAGCUAUUAAGGCUAUCGAGAAUCGUCAAAUCAAUUUGACACGUUCGCUAAUGUUGGAACUGAAAAGUAUGAAGGAUCUGCAGCAUGAUCAUUUGGUGAAAUUCUAUGGCGCAUGUUUGGAUCCGCCGAAGCGUUUCCUACUCACCGAAUACUGUCCGAAAGGCUCACUGCAAGAUAUAUUGGAGAAUGAACAAUUCCAGCUGGACUGGAUGAUUAAACUAUCACUGAUGCAUGAUAUUGUGCGCGGCAUGCAUUUUCUACACAACUCGGUAAUACGUUCGCAUGGCAAUUUGAAAUCCUCCAAUUGUGUUGUGGAUUCGCGUUUCGUUCUAAAAAUAACCGAUUUCGGUUUGCAUACAUUAAAGCGGGAACGACCGGAAGCGGUGGAAAACGAUGUGGAGGACUGCAACAGUCAUGCGUAUUGGAGUAAACUAUUUUGGACAUCGCCGGAAUUGCUAAAAAUUGGCAAUAAUCGUCCACCAGAGGGUACACAAAAGGGUGACGUCUAUUCCUUUGGCAUAAUUGUACAUGAAAUCAGCACAAGACAAGGUCCAUUUUAUCUGGGCAAGACUGCAAUAGAAAAGUCACCUAAAGAAAUAAUUGAACUAGUCAAAAGCUAUCCGACACAAAUAUCCACACCAUUUCGUCCAUACAUCGAUGAUCAUGAUGGAUAUCUUGACAUUAAUAACCUCAUGAUCAAGUGCUGGGCAGAGGAUCCGAUUGACCGUCCCGACUUCAAUGCACUGAAAUCAAUUAUACGCCGAAUCAACAAAGACAAUGAAACGGGAAAUAUUGUCGACAAUCUGCUUAAACGCAUGGAGCUGUAUGCCAAUAAUCUGGAGGAGCUAGUCGAAGAGCGUACACAAGACUACAUUGAGGAGAAGAAGAAAUGUGAGAAGCUGUUGUAUCAGCUCUUGCCGCAGAGUGUUGCAGCGCAACUUAUCAGCGGACAACCGGUGGUGGCCGAAACCUUCGAUCAGGUUACCAUAUACUUUAGUGAUAUUGUUGGCUUCACCGCCAUCUCUGCGGAGAGUACACCCAUGCAGGUGGUGCAAUUCCUGAAUGAUCUCUACACCUGUUUCGAUUCCAUUGUGGAGAAUUUCGAUGUCUACAAAGUGGAGACGAUCGGUGAUGCCUAUAUGGUUGUCUCGGGUCUGCCCAUACGCAAUGGUAAUCAGCAUGCGCGUGAAAUUGCACGACUGGCAUUAGCACUACUGGGUGCAGUGCAUAAAUUUAGAAUACAUCAUCGGCCGCAAGAUCAACUAAAACUGCGUAUUGGCUUGCAUACGGGCGCUUGCGUAGCUGGCGUUGUGGGACUGAAAAUGCCGCGAUAUUGUCUCUUCGGCGAUACGGUGAAUACGGCGUCACGCAUGGAAUCGAAUGGCGAAGCGCUACGCAUACACAUUAGUGAGCAUACCAAAUUGGCAUUAGACGAAUUCGGCACAUUUAUUACCACAAAACGUGGUUAUGUGCCAAUGAAGGGUAAAGGUGAAAUGCUCACCUACUGGCUGGAAGGUGAAGUACCAAAACCGGAAUCACCUUCGGUACCCGCACAACAUUUGCUGCACGGACGACGUUCAUCACUUAAACAUCCGCCGCAACGUUAUAGUGCUAUGUUGCAAAAGCAAUAUUCCGAGAUCUCAGAGGAUGAGCAGCUAUCGCCAACGGUGAUAGCCGAAGAGAACAGCGUAAAAAAAACACCCACUUUGCGGGUUAAACGCAAAAUCUCGUCAUCAUCACCAAAAUUAAAUGGCAACGAAUUUAAACCGGAAGACUUCAAUUACUAUCUGGAUAAUGUCAAACAAUAUAACAAAGAGCACACAGUAACUCUAGCUAAACCUUUUAAUGGACUCAAUGGUGACAUUUACAGCAGUCGCUCAUUGCGUGAGCCACGCAAAGAUGCCAACAACGAGUUAGUCAAUCUACGUUUACCGUUAUCUGGUGCACUCAAAAAUCAUAAUAACAAUUUAGCGAAUAGCCACCGUAAUAGCUCUGCACACCUAUUGCAAUCCAACUCGAAUUCCAAUUUAAGCGGCAUACUACAGCCUACAUCAGCGGCGUUAGCACGGCUACGCCUUAAACCAUCACCGACCAUUUCGACGUUGGUAUCAAGUGAACGUGCCGACAAUGCCAGCUUACAAAGUGGUCAACGCAUCAAAUUCCAAGUAGACAUUAAAAGUGACGAGCAGCAAGAUAACUGUAUAAAUGGCAGAGCUGAGGCAAAUACUUCAGCUCAAUCUCUACCUCAUCGAGGCACAUCGGACGAUGAAUCUUAUAAUGAAGCAAAUAGGUAUAUGCCUUGUAGUGUUGUGAACAAUGACGUCGACGACGAUGAAGCCGAAGACGACAUUGAGCUGCCAUUAAAUCACCACCUGAACAGUAGUAAAGCGCGCUUGUUGGAAAGCGAAAAUGUGCAUAGUGUUGUAGUCGCAAAAAAUCGAUGUGAUAGUGUAUGUAAUAGCAACAAUAAUAGCUAUAAUAAUAUUGUGAAAGCAAAUAAUGCAAAGAAUUUGCAUCUUAAUAGCAAAGUUGUGCCGCCCAUGGAUACUCCAAACGUGGUGAAUAUGAGCGCGGGUGUAACGGGUAAUGUUGUAACUGUGGUCGCACCAACUGUAGGUAGUGUGGCACAGCCGUUAUUGGGAAAAAUAAAUUCUUAAUUUGGUAAAAAUCAUUGUUUUAGUACUAUAGCAUAUACAUAUAUGCGUAGCUAAAAAACAGUUUUGUUGCAACUCAUGUUCACUAAGUGGACGCCUAUAUGUACAUAUGUAUAUUUAUUGCAGAAGGUAUAACCACAGUGCAGGCAACACUUUGAAACUGUUGUUAGAUUGAAAAUGUGAUCACGAAUAACUUUAAUCAAGUAAUACUGAAAUUUAAGAUUUGCUACAAUUUAACUUAUUGUGUGACUCUCGUUGUAAUAAAAAAAAUGCAAAUAUAAAUUAAUAACACGAAAAUACUUGUACUCAGUACCAUUACACAAAAUUGUUUUAUCCUAGUUAUAAAAAAUGAAAUAUUUAUUCGAUU